CUUCAAACUGUCCUGUAAUUUCAAAUCUUUCAAAAGACAGACGAGGCAAGAUGAAGAGAGCUUUGCUCCUCUUUGGGCUUCUGGCUGGGCUUUGUGGGGCUAUUCUUGUGGCAGCUCAGUUUGAAGAUGAAGAUGAAGGAAGAAUUCUUGUUGACAACAAGUGUCAGUGUGUCCGAGUAACUUCCAGACUAGUUCCUUCUAAAGAUAAUCCAGAAGAGGAAGUUGUGGAGAGAAACAUUCGACUCAUAGUACCAUUGAAGAACAGAGAGAAUAUCUCUGAUCCCAGUUCUCCUGUGAGAACCAACUUCGUAUACCGGCUUUCUAACCUCUGUAAAAAGCGUGACCCCAUUGAACUGGAGCUGGGCAAUGAGAUUGUUACUGCCACCCAGAGUAAUAACUGGGAUGAAAGCUGUGAUACCUGUUACACUUAUGACAGAAACAAGUGUUACACAUCGACUGCCUCGCUUUAUUUGGGAGGGAAGAGCACAACGGUGACAACAGCAUUGACCCCAGAAUCUUGCUAUUCUGACUAAUUGAAAACCUCCACUGACCAAAAUGUCUCUCUGCAUGGUAUAGAGCUCUCUGUCUCCAUCUUAAAACUGCACAUUUUUAUGUUCAACAAGCAUAUAGCCACAACUAUUGUUAGUAGAAUGUUCCACAUCCUAUUUUUUCCCAUUCCAUUAGAAUGAUGUAAUUACUAUCCUCCUUGAGAAGAAAUUCUCUAGAAGAAAUCCCUCCAGGUCUGCAUCCAUUGAGAUCAAUUCUUCCUUGUACCCACUGUCUAACCUAAUGUCUAGAAACAUGGGGCAUGAAUUUCCUCAAAUAUGUUAAUCACACAGAUAAAAAUAGAGCUGAUGACAUCACCUUCAAGACAGACCAAUUGGAAGAUACAAGUAAAUGUUGAUCCUCUCUCUCUCUCUCUUCUUUGCUUUGCAUGUGCCAAUUUAUUUUUCCCCCAAAAGACUGCAUCUUUGUGCUAUUGAGGAAAUAGAUAUGCAAAUAUGAUUCCAUCUGAUGGUAUUAUUAGCAAUACACUAAUUGGUAAGCCUUAAUACAUUUAAAAGUAUUUAUUGAUAUGAAAAUAAUAUAAAACAAGAAACACAAUAUCACAUGGAGCAAAGAUGGACAUAUUUUUCACCAAAAUAAAGUGGUUGGCAGUUACAUUGAAUAAUCAAUUUUUAAAAUGAUUCAUUUUAAGAUUAGUAAUUCAGGUGUCUCUAAGACCUAUUUUUAUCCUGUAAAAAAUAAAAAAAUUCUAAUUUAAUAAAAAAACUAACAUUAGAAUGCUGAAAUCCCUACAUUGCCAUCUGUUAUAUCUUGCAUCUUGCUUUCAUCUAGAGACUGCCGUGGAUAAUGCAGAAUUGUUAUCUUCUUUUUUUUUGAGUGAAAAAUGUUUAAAGGAUCCUCAAGUUAUUUAAAAAAUUCUGAUCUGGAGUAAUCUGUGUUUGAUUAAUUAAUCUUUAAAAAUAUAUAUUUCUAAAAAUGCAUCCUCUAGCACUGUGUUAAGAAUUAAAACAUUUCAGAAGCAUA